UAGCAGUCAUAUGCAGCAGUCAGUCUAGUUCAGCACAUUCACCGGAUCGGGUAGGCAGACCGCCGGUACUGGAGUUUCGGUUUUCGUUCGGUUCAGCUGCGGGCGCGUGUGCGUGUGUGUUGUGUAUAGUUCGAAAAAAAGGAAGAGCUCAACGCGUCAGAAGUGCGGAGAUUGUGAAAGAAAGGAACGGCUAGUGAAACACGCUCAUGCCUUUCGAAAGCGCAUGCAUACUUUAGUGAGUGAGCUAAUGAAGCGAAGAAAUCAGAAAAAAAUGAACAAAAAUAAAUAAUAACACAGAAUUACAACCGAAGUGAACUUGAAGUCGACGUGAGGAAAUAAAUAAAAACCGGGAAGUGUGUGAAUGUUCGUUGGGAGCAUGCUGUAAGAGGCGGUGUUCUAAGAACCUACAGUCCCUAUCGGUGAACACGAUCUUGACAAUUUGGAGAACGACCAAGCCAUAACAAUAAAAGUGCCAACAAGUGUUUUUCUUUCUCUCUCUCUCUCCCUCUGCCAACCAUCCAUUAUUAUUGGUGGAGCUGUUCGACACGACGACGACGACGACGUGCCAGGAAACGGAUGGAAAUUUAAUUCGUUUCAAUUGAUAGUUUGACAUUUUCAAGCGUAGCAUUCAAUAGAUAAGAGUGUUGUGUUUCUUGUUUGCCUGAUCGGUUGAAGUAUCUGUCUCUGUCUGGCUGUGUGUGUGUAUACCUACAGCAUCAUGCCUGGUGUGAAGUGAAAACACGUGAGAGUAUUCUAUAUCGAACACAGACGACAGUUCCGCCGAAUCGUGUCCCCAGCCAGCAGAUGGUUCCGAGGUUGUUACAUUCGGGUGCGCGCAGGAUAGUUCGAUGAUGGAACCGAGAGUGAUCUUCCUCAAGCCGAAGAACAGCAGAAGUGGUAGUUAUAGCAACAAAGAAUCAACCAAUUCUUCCCAUCAAAUACUAACGCCUGCUGGUGCCCCUGUCGCCGGUAGCAACAUCACCACCUCCAUCGGCACCAACGAGGACGCCGACGAACUGAACGCAACCAGCAGCCAAACUGUCACGAUUAUGGACCAAAUGAAUAAUGUGGUGACGACAACGACGACAGCUACCGCCAUCGCCAGUACCGUGCAUCAGCAGACGAGUGCCGUAGUAGUAGUGGCUCCGACGACCACGACGAUUGGCUACCACAGACUAGCGGCAGUAGCAGCAGCAGCAGCAGCACCACCAGCAUUCUCACGGCUGCCACCGGACGGGCAUGAAUUUCCGCCAAACUUUAGCGAACCGAGCGUCGCGACGAUGACUGUCAUCAACGGAGGAAGCACCGGUGCCCCUAUCGGUGCCAAGGGAGAUAAACAUUCCAGCUACGACGACAUUCCCGAUCUACCGAAAAGUCACCCUCCACCCGUACCUCGCAAGGUCUACCGGCAGGAUCUGGUUCUGAAAGCGCUUGAUCAGAACCUAUCACCCGAGGCCGUCUUCAAGAAACCACCCGUCUUUCCGUCAUCCCAGCCAACCCGUUCCAAUUCGCUGGUGGCCGAGCACACUAGUUCCGGAAAGGCGGCAAAUGGCGGCGAAGAAACACGCCGUCGAUCGUUCGACAUUCAUGAAAUUAACAAACCACCCACUCGGGUAACUCUGGUCGGAUCCAACUGGCGCAAAGAUGAAAAAUCCGAGCGCAGCGUCCGCGAUAAAAUUGCCAUGUUCUCCAAUGGGUCCGGUGGCAGUGGCGGCGGCGGUGGUGGAGGAGGAGGCUCAGAGAAUGAAGGUUCUCCGGUGCUACGGAAGUUUAGCAAAGAUUUCACCAAGAGUUCGGAGAAUUUGCUUGGUGUUGGCGAUGGAGGGUAUUCCAGGAAAGGCGUUGAUCCAAUUGAGGCCUAUGCUACGCUGAGAAAGAAAGCCCAUAGCGUUGAGAAUUUGGAUGAAGUAGAUAGCAUUCAGAAUGGCAGCGAGUUCAAACCCUUGGAUAACGGAGGGUACAAGACCAAGUUCAGUCUGGAAACUUCGAAACCGGUGGUUUUAGGUAAAGCAUACAGCGUGGAAAAUUUAAACCCUUCCAAUGGAGUCAAAACAAUGAGUGAUGAUAACAAAUUGGACAGCGGAGGACUGUUUGGGAAUGCUAAGCUUCUUUCUAGAACAACUAGCUUCUCUGGGUAUUCUAACGGAAACAGUCUAGCUUCGAUCAAUAACAACGUUGAAGAAAGGAGAAAGUCAUCUAUUACGAACCUACUCGAACAGAGAAAGAAAUCGAUGUCGAAGCUGCGAGGUUUGGUUAUUCCUGAGAAAGUACCCGAAACAGAGGUUCUACCAGAUUCCAAGAUCAUCGGUCUUCCGAUCAUCAAAAGCAAAGAUUCCGAAAAGAUUUUAUCCUCCAAUGUACUUAGCAGAACCCCGGACAACGCAUAUGCUAGAAAAACUGCGACGCUGCCAACGCCCUCCAAGUCCAAUGGCAGUCCGUUCACUCCGAUGGUGACACCCAAGCCAUCCGCCGACAUUGGUGGUACUUACAAGAGUAUUUUCCGUAACCUCAACGGUUCCUCGGUUAAAUCUGAACCGAAAGCUGAAAUUGACGAAGAUAUUUUCCGUAGACCUAUCGGCCUGGUACCUCCCGCAAAACCCCCACGAACCUCCCUAGCCUAUCCUCCUCCGAAGGGUCUGGACCAGCGUAGUCAGACUACAGAAGACGAAAGCGACGACAGUGAUUCGGUGCUGAGCUCCCGUGUUUCUUCGCCACCAGUUUCCCCAGUGGCUCCAUCACCGCCGGAAAAGUAUGUCCUUACUCGAACGCUUAGUUCCGAAACGAACACUUCGAUAGCGAGUUCUAACUCAACGUUAACUUCCAGCUCCGGAUCGCAGGCCAGUUGCAGUUCGGUUGGCAGCACUCCGGCGAUCGACAUGAGCCGUCGCAUCUCCAAAUCUUCGUCGAGCGAAAUGAGCAUGAAUCGGAAAAAUGUUCUGGCAUCGGCCAAGAGCCGGAGCGGUCGGGGAGAUCUGAAGAUCGAGGAUGCUGCCAAUGGAAAGUCCAAGCGGUAUGAGGAUGGUGAUAGUACGGAUGGAUAUGAGGAAGAAGAAAGACGGAAGUCAAAGUCAAAACCGAGGGGAUCGAUUAGUAAUGGAAAGAAUGCGGCCAAUGGAUUGGAGGAGAAGGAACUGACACACUACAAGGUGGUGGACACGGUAGACAGUAUUGUAGAUAAGGUAAUAAAGGUCGCUUCCUAUGUCGAGGUCGUUUCGGACAUUGAGGAAAACGCCAGCGUUGAUACGGAAGUGGUUAUUCCUAUGCAGAAACCGAUUGAGCCCGUUAAGGAAAAGAUCAGUUUUAGUGCUUCGAAGAGCAUUUCGGUUGAGAGCGGAACAGCGAAGGCAAUGUCCGAUCUGGCGAAAUGGGUUCGACAUGAAGCAGCGAAGACCAUCGUGAAUAAGGAAACUGAUCUUCCCGCUCGUUCUGAGACGAAAAAGUAUGCUCGAGCGAUUUCCGAUCAAGCUCCUAAAGUCAGAGAGGAGAUCAAGCCAUCUCCAGUCAAACGAGAGCUGCGAUCUUCGGUGGACUCUAAGAAAUUAAACCUGGCAGAAAUUCGAAAGUCUUUCGAGGCCAAAUCUAACAACAGCACUGUGGUUCCCUCGCCCGUCAAAACAAUUUCAAAGGAGCAUUCGACUCCCGUUGGGAAGACUGUCACCAAUCAGCACGAUCGCUUCUCGUCUUGGGAUUCACUGGCAUCUUCCUCGUCGGGAGUAUCCUCACUGCAGGCCAACAGUUUGCUAGGUAAUGCCGUUGCCAACUGCACCGGUUCAUCGCAAACUCUACAAAGCACUCCUUCGGAUUACGGCAGCUUUUCGUCACUGGGCAGCAGUCACAGCCUGAUCACCCCACAGGAUCUACAGCUCAUUAUCGAAGAAGCUGAUCCUCCGCUGGCUGCACCGGAGGCGUUUGUCAUCGUUCUUCAACGGGAGACUCCGGAAUCUAGCAUCGGAAUCACGCUAGCUGGAGGGUCGGAUUACGAAGCGAAAGAGAUUACGAUUCAUAAGAUCUUGAACAACUCCCCUGCGGAGAAAGACGGCCGGCUACGGCGCGGUGAUCGGAUCCUUUCCAUCAACGGACUGAGCAUGCGUGGGCUGACUCAUCGUGAGUCGUUGAGUGUACUUAAGACACCCCGUCCCGAGGUGGUUAUGGUGAUAACCCGUUCCAAAUCGCUGGUCGUCGACAAUAGCAUUUUGGGCAAGACCAAGAGGCCGUCGCUAGGUUCGCUGAGUUCGUUAGCCGAAAAGAACGAAAUUUCCGACUACGAGCGAAAGAUGAAAAUCCAACACAAAGCUUCGCGUUCGCUGGAUCUUGAUCUGGACAUCGUUUCCAACGAAGCUGAAAGUGUCUUCGAUGGAACUGCCUCUGAGGAUGGUCUGCUUUCCGCCGAUGAGUCCAAAUGUUCCUCGAUCACUCCCGCCAGUGAUAAAAUCGUCGCAUCGAACACAUCGAGCGUGGGCAACCGUGUGGUGGACAUCGUAAAAGACGGUGCCGGCUUGGGCUUUUCCAUCGAAGGAGGUUUCGAUUCACCCACCGGAAACAAACCGCUGCUGAUCAAAAAAAUCUUCAUGGGUGGUGCGGCUGAAAAAUCCGGCUUGCUCAAGGCCGGCGAUGAAAUUGUUGCCAUUAACGAGUUCUCGAUCGAGCGCAUGACCCGGAUACAGGUCUGGAACAUGAUGAAAAAGCUACCGAACGGCGGUGUCCGAAUCACGCUCAAGUGAAUGACUGAACGAGCACCGGAUCGAAUUGGGAUUGGGGGGGAAAACGGGGAAAGCGAGAGCGCCGAUCGUACUUCUUACGCGAUAGAAAGGUUUUCCUAUAAAUAAUUGCUAGUAUUGAUAAGGCAGAAGGCAAUCCGCUUACGAAGGCGGUUUGCUCAGCAGCAAUAAUAAUCAAAUUAUUAUCUCUAUUCUUAUACAACCCACUUUUUUAAACGAAUUCUAGUGCGCUAAGAAAAUUGUUGAUUGUAUAUUUUUUUUAUAUAUUCGUGUUUCGAAAUUGUAUACAAAAAAAGAAGGCAAUUUAUUUAUCUUUUGGUAAAACAAGUGUAGUCGAAUGUUAAUAACAAACCUAAUCGAAAUGAAAUCUAAAACUGUUUUAGACUGAUCUGUGAAAUUAGCAACUACGACUCGGUCGAAAAUUUGCGGUUAAAUACGAAGCAAAGCAAAAAAAGAUAUAUUUAAACAAUCUGGGUAACGCAUCUGUGAAAGAAACAAACAAACAAAAUCAACAAUCAUUAUAGAUAUAGUUUUAGUCAAGUUAAAUGAAAAAUAUUACUUUUGUAUGGCAAGCGUUGCGUAGCAUCCUCCGACUCGAGGCGAUAGGCCUCUGUUAGAUCUUCAGUUUCUGGUGCAUUGUUUCAACCCACCAUAAUCAGUGAUUAUCUCGUUCAAAAUCUCAUCCUAAUCCUAAUCAGUGCGACAUUGUUUUAUCCGAAAACUUAAGCCAUCUACGAGUCCUUAUGAGCAUAUUAGCGAGUAGUAUUCGUACCUACCGCCUCAAAAAAAAAGUGUUGUCCCCCUAACUUCUACAGAUUAGGACAGAGUUCUAUAGAGACGGCCUUCUUCUCGAGUAGUCUAUGCAAUCAUGCAAGUAUUCCCGCGGAUUUCUAACAGCAGAUGUUUUGUUUUUCUAAAAGAAAACACUAACACAAUCAAACAUACUAAUCCUAAUAUAUUUCUAAUAUAUGGCAGCAAAAUAAAAAGAAACUUGCUGUAACAAAAAAUCCGACAGCAAAAAAAAAAAAAAAAGAAUUGAAAUAAAAAUCUUGCCUUACUAGAGAAUUGCUUAACAGCAGACCAAUCAAUACUUUAUAUCGUUUUGUACGUAACGUAAAAACUCAUUUGCUUAAAGCGCAACACACACUACGCUGGUCUUGCUUCGUGUUUCUAAUCCCGGUAUGUUUUAAUUAUUAUUUUAUUAUUCUUGUAGAUAUUUAUGAACCGCAGAUAAUUGGUUUAAAUAAAAUGAUGAAAAAACUUUCCAAUGUGA